CACAAAACAAUGUUCUCGUCUGCCGCGGAUCUUGAGAAUGAUUUGGAGCUCGGUCGGCUUGAGCCUUUUAGAUGUUUUGUGGGCUUUUCUGUCUUUAUGUUUCUUUGUAGCUUUCUGUGUCCACAAAAUCUCCCCAUACCUACUGAGAAAAUAUGAAACAUGUCGUCUCUACGUGUUAUUUCAGGAUCUUAUUCGUUACGGAAAAACAAAACAAACCCUCAAACGAAACGACUGGCUCCGUAUGUUUGAUGUACCAAAAAGGUGGUUCUGGCACUUCUAUGUUAUCUCCGUUGGUUGGAAUGGUCUUCUUCUUGUCUUAUACCUGAAUUUUAUAUAUCGGCAUCAGCCAUACCCAUCAUGGCUCACUGGAGUAUUAGACAUUUUGACGGGUGUACCAAACAGUAACAGUCAAGUCCCACAGCUGUCUACUCUGCUGGUGCAGCUGCUGCUCUGUGUCCACUCUGUCAGGAGGCUGUUGGAGUGUCAGUGUGUCAGUGUUUUCUCGGAUGGAGCCAUUCAUUUGGUGCAGUAUGUGUUCGGUCUGGGAUAUUAUGUGGCACUGGGGUUGACGGUGCUCUGCUUGGAUCGUCAGAGAAAAGGGACUGGAACUCUCCUUUCUCAGCUGAACUGGUUUCAUGUAGCAGGAAAUGCACUUUUCAUUGGGGCCUCACUCUUGCAGCAUCAGUCCAUGGUCCUGCUGGCCAGGCUUCGCGUGGGAAAGUCUGGAAUAGUUGAGACCCUGGCUCACAGAGUGCCAAAGGGAGGAUGGUUCGAGCUCGUGUCAUGCCCGCAUUACUUUGCCGAGCUUCUGAUCUACAUCUCACUGAGCUUUGUUUUUGGAGGCCUUUCUCUCACUUGGUGGCUCGUUGUCCUUUAUGUGCUCUUCAACCAGGCACUAGCAGCACAGCUUUGUCAUGACCUUUACAUGAGCAAAUAUGAGUCAUACCCACGGCAUAGAAAAGCAUUUAUACCGUUUGUGCUGUGAAUAGUUUGUGUCUCAGUAUUGGGAACUCUAAGGUCCUUGAAAAUGCCAGAGACUUCUGAGGAUCUGAAGAUGUAGGACUAAAUCGCACCUUUCUGUUAGCUUUGACUUGCAAGUUGUUCCCAACAGAACAUCACUGAAUAUUAUUGACAGUUCCUGGAAGUGAGUGUGAGGUAUGGAAGUGCUGCAGAAAUUUCCUUUCACAGCAAAGUGAGAGGUGAGCUUGUUCUUUAAAACUGGUAAAACAAAAAAAAAGUGAAAUUGCACUGCAAAUCGCUUGUUCAUUUCAAACAAUUGUUUUUCUUAUAAGAAGGUACAUUGAUGUAAUAACACAUUUUUGCUGUUACAACAAACAAAUUUAUCUUGCUUUAACUCACAAGUUUUUCUGUUGACAAGGUUGUUCUAAAUGGUUCUUUAAUAAUAAAAAGAUUCCUUCUAAUUAGGAGAAAUCAAACAAACUGAGGCUUUCGGUGAAUGUUUUUCUUGUUAUAGCAUCAGUUGAAACAUUUUCUUUUUACAAUUAACCAGUUUAUCUUGUACAAGAAGUUUCCUGCUGAAGCAAAAUAAAUGGGUAUGUCUUAAUAAGAAGUAAAAUGCUAUAAGUAUAGUGUUACAACAACAACAUAUUUAACAUAUGAUUUUGAACCUACAAUGUCAAAUCACUUUUGUUGUAAUUAGAUGAAUAAUCUUGCUAA